CCCGCGGCUCGGGAGUGCGCGCGCGCUUGAUCGCUCUCCCUUUUUUUUUCCCUCCCUCCCUGCCUCUCCUCUCUCUCUCUUCCUCUCUCUUUCUCCCUCUCUCUCUCUCCCCCUCUCCCUUGAGCUCCCCGCUGCCCGCGGCUCCUUCGCGCUCUCCCUCUCUCUCCCUUAGGCUCCACCGAGCGAUGCGAGCGCUGGGAGACAGCGACGCCGCCUCCCGCUAGAGACCAACCCCCCGGCCCGGCCCCUUGCCCAGCCCUGCCCAGCGCGCGGGGGUCGGCGAAGGCGCCGCGGACGCACCGACGGCUGAGGACCGGCGAUGCACAUGCACUAGCAGCACCCCCUAACUCACUCCCUCCACACCCCGCGCCGCCGCCGCCGCCGCCUCCACCUCCUCCUCCUCCGCCUCCUCCUCCUCCUCCUCCGGCAGCCGCGGCAGAAGGACCCACCCUGCCCCCCACCCCACCCUACCCUCCGCCGGCUCCGGCUGCGGAUCCAACCUCGACUCUUAUUUUAUUUAUUUUGGGUCGUGCACAAGCCUCAGUGCCUGCAGCCCGCGCCUCCUUGGCCCGCGGGCGCCUCUUUCCUCGGCUUCGGAGCCCCAGACCCGGCCACCCUCGGCCUCGACUCCCCCAGACUCCCACCCGCUGCCCGGAGUCUCCGCUGCUGGAAUCUUGUUAGCGGCUGUCUUUUGGGGGGUUUCUGGUCUUCCGACAUUUUUGAUCCCAGCCAAGGAGAAGAUAUCGUGAUUUUUCCCCCUUUGAGCCCAGGCUCUGCUCUUUGGGGGGGUGGGGGGCGCGUCGAGCCGGGGAGCCGUGCCAGCCUAGUCGUGCGGGCUGUGGCAGGGAAGGGGCCACCAUGGGAUGUACUCUGAGCGCAGAAGAGAGAGCCGCCCUCGAGCGGAGCAAGGCGAUUGAGAAAAACCUCAAAGAGGAUGGCAUCAGCGCCGCCAAAGAUGUGAAAUUACUCCUGCUGGGGGCUGGAGAAUCAGGAAAAAGCACCAUUGUGAAGCAGAUGAAGAUCAUCCAUGAAGAUGGCUUCUCUGGGGAGGACGUGAAGCAGUACAAGCCUGUUGUCUACAGCAACACCAUCCAGUCGCUGGCAGCCAUCGUCCGGGCCAUGGACACUUUGGGCGUCGAAUAUGGUGACAAGGAGAAAAAGGCCGAUGCCAAGAUGGUGUGUGACGUGGUGAGUCGUAUGGAAGACACUGAGCCCUUCUCUGCAGAGCUGCUUUCCGCUAUGAUACGACUCUGGGGCGACUCAGGGAUCCAAGAGUGCUUCAACCGGUCUCGGGAGUAUCAGCUCAACGAUUCUGCCAAAUACUACCUAGACAGCCUGGAUCGGAUUGGGGCCGGCGACUACCAGCCCACCGAGCAGGACAUCCUCCGAACCAGGGUCAAAACCACCGGCAUCGUAGAAACCCACUUCACAUUCAAGAACCUCCACUUCAGGCUGUUCGACGUCGGGGGCCAGCGAUCUGAACGCAAGAAGUGGAUCCACUGCUUCGAGGACGUCACGGCCAUCAUCUUCUGUGUCGCACUCAGCGGCUAUGACCAGGUGCUCCACGAAGACGAAACCACGAACCGCAUGCACGAGUCCCUGAAGCUGUUCGACAGCAUCUGCAACAACAAGUGGUUCACAGACACGUCCAUCAUCCUGUUUCUCAACAAGAAGGACAUAUUUGAAGAGAAAAUCAGGAAGUCCCCUCUGACCAUCUGCUUUCCUGAAUAUACAGGCCCCAGCGCCUUCACGGAAGCUGUGGCGUACAUCCAGGCCCAGUACGAGAGCAAGAACAAGUCGACGCACAAGGAGAUCUACACCCACGUCACCUGCGCCACUGACACCAACAACAUCCAGUUUGUCUUUGAUGCCGUGACGGACGUCAUCAUCGCCAAAAACCUACGGGGUUGUGGACUCUACUGAGCCCCAGCCUCCUGCCAGGCUGCCCACGCCCUACCCAGACCGCACCCACUCCUCCCCUGGAGCCAGAGCUCUGCCACCUCUCAGGCCACUCUUUGCACUGAGGAAGAAGAACCCAGAAGCUGGCGCCAGGGGUGGAGGCGGGAGCACCCUUGUCACCCACACCACCGCUCCCAGUGGAUAUAUGGUGACAGGGGCUGGUGGGGUGCUGAGUGCUGCAAGGCUGGUGACCACCACGCCACCACCUGAGUGCUGCUCACUGGCCUCUGCUUCGUCUCAUAGUGUUUUAUUCGAGGCUGGCAGAGCUGGGAGGGGGGUACUGAGCCGCCAUUGGCCCAGAAUGGGCAUGUCCUUACUCCAUGACUCAUGCCGGAGUCCUGGGGCCUCUUCUCAUCAUCAGGACGGCCCUGAGGCAGGGUGCUGGCAAGUUUGUGGGGUAAUAGAAGCCAUCCCUCAGCUUUGCCUGGGGUCUCUUGUCGAGGGCUGCUCCACCACCAAAAGCCAGGGUGGGACCGGGCAUGUGGGUGUGGGGCUCAGGCCUGGCGAGUGCCUCCCCCUCCCUCAGGCCUCAGCCCUCCCCCUCUGGGCAUCCUCCCUUGCCCAUUGCCCUCCCCAGAUCCCUAAUCCAACCUUUACUGAGACCGACCAACCGCCUGUAGUGGCCAAUGGUGGGAGGGGUCAAGGCCUGCACCUGGCAGGAGUUCGGGAAGAGGACAGAGGUGGGGAGAAGUGCAGGGGACAGCCACCUGCUUGGUCCAGUUCCCAGCUCAGCUGCUCCAGGGUGAGUGGAUGUGCUUUUCUUGUCCUGGUUGCAGUGAGUCCAGCUUGAUGGCAGGGACAGGCUAGGGCCUUUGAACUGGGGUUUUUGAAGGCAUAGAGGCCCAGGGGAGGUCUGGGUCAGGCCUCUGUGGCCAGUGCCCACUUUGGUCCAUCUUAGUCAAGAAAUCAGGGAGCCCUUGGUGACCUCCCAGCCUCAGGGGAAGAGGAGAGCUGGUGGGUGGAACCGACACCCUGGAGUGGCACUCUUGGGAGCUCAGGCCAGCUCGAACACAUCCUGCCCUCCCUGCUCCAAAGGGAGGGUCCCAGGAUCCCUUGGCGACUUUGCUGCAGAGACCCCUGAGCAGAAGGGGCUGGGGUGCUUCUGUGUCCUGGCCCUGUCUAGAGCAGUGAGCACACCUCCCUCGCACUCCGGCACCUCCAGUCAGCUGACCCCACAGCCAGCAGCCCAGGAGGCCUGUUCACUUGUGUGGCGGACUGUGCCCAGGGACCAGGCGGACCCCAGGAGGGCAAGGGCUGCCUCUUGAGGGCCUCUGCUUCCCUCCUUGAGCCCUGUGUCCUCCCAGCCUCACACAGUGUGGCUCAUCCGGGCCAGGCAGGAGCCUGAACUCCCCUGGGGCUGCCCAGGAACCAGGAAGAGCCCCAGGCCCAUGGCUCUGGGCUCGUUGGUUUCAGCAGGCACAGAGCUGCAGGUGGUGCAGGGAGAUGGGGACUUCCCUCUUGCCAAAAGCUGACAGAGACAGGGCCUCCAGCAGAGCCCUUCCCUGCCAACUGCAGGACCAUCCCAUCAGCCCAAACCCACUUCCACUAUGUCCACCUCCACCAUGUUCUGGACCUUGUGCCAGGUGCGGGGAUAUGGUGGAGGACAGGCCCUUACAGCCAACCGCCUCAAGGUCUUGCCAUGGACAGUCAAGGCCAUUUAAGUCAUUUUGCCCCACACUGAUGACAUAGCUGAUGCUUCCAGCAUCACCACCUGGGUGUGGCCAGCUGUGCUCAUAACUGCCCCAGACUGUGACUGCAGAUUCAAAAGCACCUGGCAAGAGGUGGGAUAGUGGCCCAACCCCAUCUCUAAGGCCAUCACCCUUGUGGUGGAAGUCACUGACCCUGUAGCCCCAGGGCUCUCUCUCCCCAGGGGCAGUCAAUGGCCAGAGCCCAGGCUGCAGUCAAGAUGUGGGUCCAGCCCUCCCACCUGCAGCAUUGCAGGGAGGUGGCCGGCCUUCCAGGAUGCCUCUCUCCUGUAGCUGCUCCGACCUGAUCAGUGUCUUGCGCCGUCCCAGCCGCCCUGCCCUGGCCUGCUGAGGCCAGGGACCUCAGCUGUCUGGUAUAAGCCAGAGGGAGAGGGUGUCCAGCGAGGCCCUCUCUCCUCUCCAUGUCAUCAGAGCAGCUCCACCACCAGGGACAAUCAGGGCGGCCGGUGAGGUCUGGCUCCGUCGUGGAUGUGGUUGUGAGGGAGAUGUUGGGAGUGACUGGACAAGGAUGGGUCUCGUCCACAGUGGCUCUGUGUGUCCCCAGAGGGGCUGUGCUAAGCUCUGAGUGGCUCUGACCCGCAGGUCGACGUCUAGGAAGGGUGCCUUUGCCAAACUCGUAAAAACGUGCCUAUCACUGAGAUGCCUGUGAGCAAGUUCUGUGCCCUGCGCAGUAGCUGUCCCUCUGCCUUCUCUGAGCACUGACAGACAGUCCCAAGGCUCUGGGGACUGGCUCAGGUGCUGUCCGCCUGAGGCUUAAGGAGGGGCUCCAUUGGACUCUAUCGGGAACAGGGUAUCACUCGCAGUCUGAGCAGAGAGCCCAGCCUGGACCCCUCACCAGCAGCCCCGGCCUUCAGGGUCCUGUGACCACCUACUGUGGAGACCCUGCUCCUGAUGUGCUGACCCAGCAGAGCCCAGGCAGAAAACCUCCACCAUGUCAGGUGCCAGGAGGCAGCUCUGCACCCAGCCCAGCUCCACACCCACUGUGGGAUCUGGAGGCACCCUGCUGGGUCCCCAGGGGUCAGCAGCCCUAAAUCCCUCCACCCCGGCCCUAUAAGUAGGCUGUCUGCAAACCCCAAAAAGGAAAGUCACCUCUCCCAAGCCCUCUCCUCCCAUCAGCACAAGCCCUCGCUCCCUCCUGUCGUCCAUCAGUUAGUCCCCAGCGGCAGACACUGGAAGUCCUACCUACCUUUAGCCUGCACCCUUCCUCACCGCCCGUCCCUCUCAUUCGCUCCCUCUGACCCAGCGCACUCUUCUUGGCAAGUGAUCCACCACCACCAGGGAGGGCCAUUUAAGGGGCCCUAGGUCUCCUUCGGCCAGCCCCCACAGCAGCCUGCACACACCCCCUUUAGAGAAGCCUGGGGCCGGGGCCUCCUCUGAGCCUUGUGGAGGCCUUCAGGCACAACUGGCACUUCUUAGGAACCAAGACCUGAGACUCUGGCUCUGUGUCUCCAGGGGUUCCACCUGGGGUGCCAAAGGUGGCACCCACAGACAGUUCCCCGUGCAGGCCACAGGUCUACAGGGCAGCCCAGGGAACAGGGCCAGGUUGGAGCCAUGCCAUGGGCCUGUGGCAGGGUUCCCCAGCCUUACCCUCUCAGCGAGGAGUGUCCUGAAUCUAUCCUGCCUGGAGAGUAGAGCUGGGGACUCCAACAGGCCGCUCCCCAGCCAGAUGAAGUCCCCUGUCAAGGAAGGGGCAGGCCAGGGCUAAAGCAGAAAGUCCAAAGUCCUGAAAUUCUCCAUCAGAGAGGGGCUCCCUCUGAAGGCGGCUCUCUGCCAGGCCCAGUGCACGAAGGCCAUCUGGUUAACCGGGCCCUUCGCAGCCCCACCUGCCGCUCACCUAGCCAGUUCUCACCUUCCCAGUGCCAUGCCUGCCCUCCAGCUCCGGGCAGCAGCCCCUCACCUCCCUAUCUCCCCUGCCUGCCGCUUCUGACCGGUCCUCUGGCUGCACCUCCUCUGCCUCCCAGAGCCUCCCCGCCACCCUGCAGCCUGCCUGCACCCUCCCAGUCCCAGGCAGGGUGGGCUGGGGCUCCCACUCCUUCCUUAGCAGAACCGAAUUAGGUCCAGUGUCCCACCUCCCAACCCGGCCGCCACCACCCACCCCGUAUUAACUGUAAUUUUGUAAGAAGAGUUGACUUGUUGGUUUAAUAAAUCUCUAGUUAUUGUAAUAAUUUAUUGGCUGCCGUAAUGUAUUUAUUAGUCACCUACUGUUAAUAAACAGUGCCAGCUCCUUCUA